AUGAAUCGGAUCCUCUUCAGAGCGGUUCACACUCCAGCUGCAAGAAAAGCAUUGUUAGAAAAAAUUAUUCGAGUGGAUCAUGCUGGAGAAAUGGGAGCUGAUCGCAUUUAUGCUGGACAAAUGGCUGUGCUUAGUGGUUCGCCUCUGGGAUCAGUAAUAAAGAAGAUGUGGGAUGAAGAACGUGAACAUCUAGACAUCAUGGAACGACUUGCAGCUAGACAUGGUGCUCCUCAUACUGUACUCUCACCUAUUUUUGCAACGGCUGCUUAUAUCUUGGGAAUUGGCACGGCCCUCCUUGGCAAGGAGGCAGCUAUGGCGUGUACUGUUGCUGUUGAGGAAGUUAUUGGACGUCAUUACAAUAGACAAAUAGAAGAGUUAAUAGCUGAUGAUCCUGAAGUCCAUAAGGAUCUUUUGAAAACGCUGAGCAAACUUCGGGACGAUGAAUUGCACCAUUAUGAAACUGGAAUUGUGCACGAUGGUUUGAAGGCACCGGCGUACGAUGUUUUGAAAUGGGUAAUCCAGACUGGUUGCAAAGGGGCUAUCUCGAUUGCCGAAAAGAUAUAAAAGACUUGAGAUUUGCUUCAUUUAUUUUAUAUCAUAUUUUUCUGUUUAUUUUUUUUCUUACCAGCAUACCUCUACUGUGGUUUCUCAUCAAAAGAAAACCACUAUCUAUUUGUUAUCUCUUGAACUGAUGUUUUGGAGUUCAAAAUCUGUCUUACUGAUGAAAUUCUAGAUGAGUUUGGCCCCAGUAGUUUUAAAUUCCUCAAAAUGGAUGCCUU